AUGGUUAAGUUUUCAACUUUGGGACUUAUUAUCGGCCUUAUUUCUCUACAGGGUGCGACGGCGGCGCCGCCCCCAAAACCAGCGGUAAAGAUUCCGAAACGCAUUUAUUACGUGGGCCCAUGGUUGGAACCCGGGCCAAACGACGUGCUUAGUAUUCCCGCCAAUGCCAACUUCUACUCGAGCCAUCACUAUGCUGUCGACAAGGCGGAAGAGGAAAAGAAAGUAAUCUAUCCGAUUGACACUGAGAAUAUCAAAGAUAAACUCGUCCCAAAGACAUUCGGGCCUUCGGAACCGAUAGAUACAAUGGCGGACUGGACAACAAAACCGGGUGAUAGAAUCCCAGACAGCGCUGUCGGCCUCCCAGAUCGUUGCGAUGAUUAUUGA